AUGGUUUCCUUCUCCUGCGAGUCAUGUAUCUCCGAGGCACAGAAGUACGAACGAACGGUAUACAGAGGGGAGAAGAAGAAGGGGAAGAAAGGUGGUCAGCAGAAUGGCGUUAACGGUGGUGCGAAGGUUGAGGUUGUGGCUCCUGCUCCCGUAGUUGAAGAGAAAUUCGAGGAGCCGGUGCAAGAGACGGUACAGGAAGAGGCUGUCGAAGUGGAGGUGAAGGAGGACAAGGAGAACAAAAAGGACAAAAAGGACAAAAAGAAGGAGAAGAAAGAUAAAAAAGAAAAGAAGGAGAAAAAGAAGAGCAAGGACGCCGAAACAGAAGAGCCUACAUCACAGGAGGAAGAUGUUGUAAUGACCGAUGUUCCUAAAGCAGCUGACGAACCUGCCAUUGAGGAGAAGAAAGAAGAGAAGAAGUCCAAAAAGGAGAAGAAGAGCAAGAAGGAAAAGGUGGAGGAACCCGAAACUAAUGGUUCUACGGAAGAGGCUGCACAGGAGGAUGAAAUGGCUGCGGAACCCGUAGAAGAACCCAAAUCAGACGAGAAGAAGAAGUCGAAGAAGGAAAAGAAGGAAAAGAAGAGCAAAGCAGAGAAGGUGGAAGAACCCGAAGUAGUUGUACCAGAGAAGACAACAGAGGUCGCAGAAGAGCCCAAGUCUGACAAGAAGGAGAAAAAGGAGAAGAAAGACAAGAAGGAAAAGAAAUCUAAGAAGAAUGUCGACGAGGAACAAGAGAAGUCGGGGGAGGCCCAUCUUUCCCUGGAUAACAUCGUCAUGGAAGACACGACCCCAUACCCGAACGGCGUUGCACCAUACACCUCCAAGAAACGCAAGCGCGAUACCACCGAAUCCGAGGAAACCCCAGCAGCUAAGCAAGUUAUCACCGAGAAGGCCUCCGAAGAAACCCCAGCCCAGGCUUCGAUAGCCAAUGGCGGUGAGGGGGGGUCUGAUUUCAUCUCUUUCAACGACCUCGAAGAAAAACCCAAGAGUAAACUUCAGGAACGAAAAAGACCCGUGACUGAAAAGGAAAUUCUACGGGACGAAAAAUUCAAGGCUAAAAAGGAUAACUACGAAAAUGCUUAUAAGACACUCAAGGCUGAACUCGAAGCGAAAUCUGCAGAACCAGCAAUGCCACCAGCAAAGAAACAAAAGUCACAAUCCAAGAGGAAGGCGACUGCAUCAGAUGUCAAGCGUAUAGUUAGAGACGUCAUGGCUCACCCACUUGUGAAGGGACUUACGCCGAAGGAAGCCAAGCUUUUGAAGAAACAACUACGGAGGGACGAGCGCAAGAAGAGAGUUCUAGCAGCUACCUAA